UACCACUACACCACUCAUGGUAUGUGUUUUAUUUUAGGCCGACCCAAGUAAAAUGGCAACUAAUGGUGGCCAGCUGCUACAGAAGAAGUGGAAACUACCAGAAAGCACUGGAGACCUACAAAGACAUCCACAGGAAAUUUCCCGAAAAUGUUGAAUGUUUGCGAUUCUUGGUUCGCCUGUGCACUGACAUGAGAUUAAAAGAAGUACAGGAAUACGCUACUAAACUGAAGAAAGUGGAGAAAAUGAAGGAGAUAAGAGAGCAGGUUCUACAGACUGAAUGUUGUGGGUCAUCAAAACCCUGGCUUUGGAAAUAGAAUGUUAAGGAUGGCUUCUCAGUCACCCCGGUCAACACAGGCAU